AAGCGGCAUGGUGGGAACUUUUUUCCGUCUCAGCCGCUUUGAGAAAACUGUUCUUACCGUAUUGAACAUAAACUUCACCUACAUACAGUAAGUUUUGACAAUAAGCAGCUAAAAGUCCAUUCAUUUAAAUUGUGUUUUAGACUUAGGUUUAGCCUCUAUUUUAGCUGCAGUGCUACAUGCUCCUUCCUUUACGAAGUUUACCGGCGCGUCAAAGUUUUGGGCUAAUUUACAAAUCAGGUUUGAUGAAAAAUAUUCUCAAACUUAGAAAGCCUUAUAUUUAUUUGGUACUGACUUUUUUUUAAAGGUGUGUAAAUAAAACAUUAGCCAGCGUGGUUUGUCAGCAGUGCAGAAAGCCUCCGGUAGGGGUCGCUGUUGAGGCUGUCAGAUUGCACUAUGAAGCAUGGCGAGGGAUUAAAAAAUGACAUAUUUUUUAUUGAAGACUGCAGUAGUUCAGAAGGUGAGGGGGAAGUUAAAUUUGGUUACCAGAAACAGCCCCAAAAUCGCCAAACAGUUAGAAAGCUUAGCAGGGAGGGCUCUCCUCCCCUCCUCCUGGCUUUCUCCACCACUUCUGGAAAAGAUCUGCAGGACAUCAGCUCAACUUCCCGCACUGACUCACAAGAGAAGGAAGAGAGUGAGCAGUCCAUCGAGGAAUGGAUGAUUCUGGGAGGAGAGGAGCAGCUGGAGGACUCAAGCAUCCAGCUCAACGUGAGCUGCUGGAGCAGCUCUGAGGACUUUGGAGAUGAAGAUAUAAAAGAAGACAAUCAGAAAUCAUUAACAAAUACCUGGGUUGUAUCAGACAAGGACAAGUAUGGUGCUGAUCAGUCUCUGGCCAGCCGCUACUUCACGGCUGGCCGCCCUUUGAUCUGUCACAUCUGCAACAGAAUGGGACACGUUGCCAAAAACUGCUACCUUCACAAGAGAUGUCCCACCUGUGUCCUUUGUGGGAUCCAGGGCCACAUUCAGAGGGACUGUCCAGGUCGCCACUGCUCGAACUGUGGACUGCCACCACACGGUCCUGGUCCCUGCAAAGUUCCUCCAGUGUGGAACCAACACUGCCAGCGCUGUGGGAUGACAGGCCACCUGUCUGAUGGUUGCCCAGAUACAUGGCGACAGUACCACUUGACUAUCAGGUUAGAAGCUCCUCUCAGGCUAAAGACUUCCUGCAGUCUCAGACAUAAGAGUCUCCAUGCUCAUUGCUACAACUGCUCUAAAAGGGGACAUUAUGGCUAUGAGUGCAAGAGGACAAGGAUGAUCAGUGGUACUUUUCCUUCACUGCCUUAUGUUUGCCACUACGACAGCGUGGACGACAUUCUACAGUGUUGCUCCAGGAUGCAGACAGGAGCACUUGCGAGUAUUGGGUCUUUGCUUCCCUCAAACCAGGAGCAAUUGUGUGAAAGAAUAGGGGAAAGAAGUGAAGAGAAAACCACAGCCCACAGGAGGAGCAACGCAAAGCUGGAGGGAAGUAGUCAAGCCGGCAGGAGGAAAACAUGGCCAGAAAAGCGCAGAGAGAGGCGGGAGGUGAAACGACGGAGGAGAGAGGCCCAAGCAACGCGGGAAGGAGGCCUGCCUGGGAGGUCCUGCUGCACCUCUGAUGAUGAAGUUUGUUCAGCAAACCCCUUUGGACAACCCCUCCAUGGUCACAGCCAGUUCAUACCUCCUUCGGAGAGGAAGAUUGGGGUAGAGAAAGCUGGAGGAAAGAGCAGGAAGAGCAGAGAGGCAGAGAGGUGGAAGAAAAGAGGGGGGAUGAAACGGGGGGAUUUGUAUCCUCAUGUUGAUGUGGACAUUGGAAGUGAAAACCUUUUCUCUCCAAAGCAAAGAGUACGUCACAGACGGAGAUGAGUGAUUUCAUUAUCAGUAUUUGUUUAAUAUUCUGUUUUUAGUGUGAAAUUAGUAGGAAUAUGAUAGGAAUUGGGGGUAAAAAAUGAUGUUUCAAGUUCUUUUGAUUUGUUAAUUUUUUGUUGUCUGUUUGAAAGAAACAAACAGAAUAGAAGGAUAGUAUUGACUGACAGAUUAUCAUCUUCACUGAAUUGGAAUUGAAUGAACCUUUAGAAUUUAGAUUUUUUUCUGUUAUCACUAACUUGAUUAUUUUACUCUGUGUUGCAUAUCAUGUUAAUAUAUUAAUAAUUUUUUGUACAAUACAUUCCUGCUUUUGACCUGAAUUACAUCAUGUGUUGUGGGGGUGGUUACACUCCCACGUGUGAUUGCAGUAUUU